AAAAGCGGUUCCCAAUGUUGAUAUAUUUCAAAGGUUGGAUAUUAACCCUUUGGUAGAAUAUAAGAAUUUUAGUUUACUAUCAAACUUUGUUUCAGACAUGGGUAAAAUUCUUCCACGAAGGCAAACGGGAUUGACGGCAAAAAAUCAGCGAAAGUUGGCCAAAGCCAUCAAACGUGCUCGUUCUUUUGGUCUAUUACCUUCUACAUACAGAAGAUCUGAUGAAAUGGACAUUCCGGUGUUUACUAGGAAUUGA